AUGGCUCUGUCAACAUUAGGAGUGCUGAUAAUAGCGGGUUUUGUACAGUGUGGUCUCGCUGAUAUGUUGAGCUAUGGCUAUGAGGUGAGAGAAAGAGGAGAUUUCUACGGUAAAUUUCCUGGCGUACUCCUCCCAACAGCAUGGUUAAACAAAGACAUUCCCCUUGCUCGGGGGGGAAUGGUGUACUCUGUUCAGUUUAACGUGGAACCUGGCAUUACUGGCACAUGCACUGGCAGCAUUCUUGUAUGGAAAGAAGUCACAUCAACAGAAUAUUUAUUGGAGUAUAUGCAAGACAUCAUAUACGAUAAUGCAAAUCCUGGUAUUCAAGAGGUUGUCUUUACUACACCAUAUCAGUUGUGUUACGAUGCCGACAGCUUUAUUGGAUGGAGUUUCAAUGAACUCGUUGGUCCGAUCUCAUUGACUGCUGCAGAGAGUAGUAUCAACAAGACUCAUUUGACAUACAUGCAGUCAGCUCUUGUCAAAGGCACAAUCUACGAUACAUUUUUCACUGCACCUUAUAGCUUUUCAUUUGCAACAAUGGUGAAUAGCACUGGAGGCGACAGACCCUCAUCAGUAAGCUGUGGCAACUGCUUUGUCGGACCUUCAGGAGCCCAAGGUCCUACUGGAAGUACUGGGGUAAUGGGACCUGUGGGAGAGACUGGAAUUACUGGUUACACUGGUUUCACUGGAGAAAAGGGUGUAGGUGGUGAAAAGGGACAAUUUGGAGAAACUGGAUGGACUGGACCAACAGGAGUGACUGGAGACACUGGUGUAGGGUAUACUGGAGAGACUGGAGUAACAGGUGCUGAGGGUAGCACUGGUUUAAAAGGGGCGUUGGGAGAGACUGGACUCAAAGGAGACACGGGUGCAAUUGGUGCAACUGGACAGACGGGAAUAAGAGGUGAAACUGGUGUGAAAGGAGUUGAGGGAGAGACGGGACUAUCUGGAAUCAAAGGUGAAAAGGGACAGUUUGGUGUUUCUGGUAUUAAGGGACAGCUAGGAGAGACUGGUCAGAAAGGAGACUUGGGUGAAACUGGUAGUAAAGGUGAAGGACACACGGGUCCAGUAGGUUCAACUGGCUUAAAGGGAGAAAAAGGUAGACUUGGAGAGACUGGUAUAGAAGGACCAACGGGUGAAGUUGGUAUACAAGGAUAUACUGGUGUAAAGGGCGAUACUGGAGCUGUUGGUACAACAGGACAGAAAGGUGACACUGGAGCAGUUGGUAGCACUGGUCUACAGGGAAUCACAGGAUUGGUAGGUGCUACUGGACCUUCAGGUGGAGAAAAAGGUGAAAAGGGAGACUCGGGAUCACAGGGACAGAUAGGACUAACUGGAUCUGUUGGAAGCACUGGACUAACGGGAAUACAAGGUGCCACAGGACCUGUUGGCAGUACUGGGGCAGUAGGAGUUAGUGGAAUCACUGGCAGUAAAGGAGAUACAGGUGCCACAGGUGUCAAAGGAGAUGCUGGUUCUAAAGGAGAGGUAGGUGAUGUAGGAGUGUCUGGUAACACGGGUGUCGCUGGAGCAACAGGACAACAGGGAGACAAAGGAGUUGUUGGGGAUACUGGACCAGUCGGGUCUACUGGUGUGGUUGGCGAUACUGGAAGCAAAGGUGAAAAAGGAGCUGAUGGUAUUGUAGGGUCCACAGGCCAGGUGGGUGCUACAGGUUCUAAAGGAGACGAAGGUAGCACAGGAAUUCAGGGAUUGACUGGACAGGUUGGAGCAACAGGCUCUGUAGGGAACACUGGUGCAAAAGGAUCCAUAGGCGACACAGGAAUACAAGGUCAAACGGGACAAAAAGGGCAAACAGGAAAUACUGGCAUUCAGGGUUUGACAGGACUUGUCGGAAGUACUGGUGUUCAAGGUUCAACUGGGUCUACAGGAGCUAAAGGAAAUACAGGAUCAGUUGGAGCUACAGGUUCCAUUGGUGCAUCUGGAUUUACUGGCUUAACUGGCGACACAGGACCCAAAGGAGAGCAGGGAGUUGUUGGUGACACUGGAAGCAAAGGAGAAAUUGGAUCAACUGGACUUAUAGGUGCAACAGGUGCAGUAGGUAUGACUGGGUCCAAAGGUCAGACUGGUGACACUGGCAUUCAGGGUGUUACAGGACAGGUUGGAAGCACAGGAUUAAAAGGAGAAGUAGGGAGUACGGGCCUAAAGGGUGAAGUAGGAGCAACUGGUGUUCAGGGAUCAACUGGUUCAGUUGGUGACACUGGUAUACAGGGAGUUGCUGGAGCAACAGGACAGCAAGGUUCAAAGGGAGAUGUCGGAAACACCGGAUCAACUGGGGAAAAGGGGGCCACUGGAGAACAGGGCAUCACCGGAGUAGUUGGUAGCACUGGUAGUACUGGACAAGUAGGUAGCACUGGUCUUAAAGGACAGACUGGUGCUACAGGAGACAUUGGACCCAUAGGAGACACAGGAAUUGUAGGUGCAACAGGACAAAAGGGAGAUCAAGGAAAUAAAGGAGACACUGGAGCCACAGGUGGAGUUGGAGCAACGGGAAAUGUGGGGAGCACUGGACAGAUUGGAGCAACUGGACAAAAAGGAGACCAAGGAUUAACUGGAAAUACUGGUGCACAGGGACAAAUUGGAAAUACAGGUUCAAAAGGACAGAUUGGUGACACGGGUGUUAAGGGUGAUACUGGAAGUCAAGGCCCAACGGGAAGCAAGGGUGAUGAUGGUGCUCAAGGUAUACAAGGAUUAACUGGGCAAGAAGGAAGCACUGGUGCUACGGGGCAAGUAGGAGACACUGGCAUACAAGGGGUUACUGGACAGGUUGGUGAUACUGGUGUUAAAGGUGAAGUUGGAGAGACAGGACUACCGGGAAAUGAUGGUAAUACUGGGGCCACUGGCAUACAAGGUCAGACUGGGACUGUUGGUGCUACAGGUUCCACUGGAAGUGUUGGUGCCACUGGAUUGAAAGGGGAAACUGGAAAUGUAGGAGCUACAGGAGUAGUAGGAAGCACAGGACAAAAGGGUACAAUAGGAGCUACUGGGAUACAAGGAAACGUGGGUAACACGGGAGAGAAAGGUAGCCAAGGCAUAGAGGGACAAACAGGUGCUACUGGAGUAAAGGGAGACCAGGGAGUCCAAGGUAUUGUGGGACAAACUGGAUCUUCUGGGGCAAAGGGACAAUUUGGAACUACAGGCAUACAGGGUGUGACGGGAGAUAAAGGAACAAAGGGCGAAAUUGGAUUAACUGGAUCUGUUGGGGCCACUGGUAUACAAGGACAGACAGGAGUUUCAGGGUCAAAGGGAGAUCAAGGAAACAUUGGUAGCACUGGAAUUAAAGGUCAAACCGGUCAAACUGGAGAAACCGGUUUGCAAGGAGUUGAAGGAAUUACAGGGACCACAGGAGCAACAGGAGAUGUAGGUAGCACUGGACCAAAGGGUCAGACUGGAAAUACAGGAGCAGUAGGUGCUACAGGUCAAAUAGGCACAUCCGGACAAAAGGGUAGUAAAGGAGAGAUUGGCAUUGAUGGAAUCACUGGAUCAAUAGGAGACACUGGACCUGUUGGAUCAACUGGACCCAAAGGCAUCCAAGGCUCAAAGGGCGAUGUUGGUAGUACUGGUGUGCAAGGGCAGAUUGGUUCCACUGGUGAUAAGGGCGAUGUUGGCGAUACAGGUUCCAAAGGGGAAACUGGUGCAGUUGGUGCUACAGGAUCGAAAGGAAUUGCUGGAGAUAUAGGUAACACUGGACAGAAAGGAGAUGUUGGAGCCACUGGGUCUAUUGGUAUCACAGGUAGCACAGGACCUAAAGGACUGAAAGGAGGUGUGGGUGCCACAGGUGAAAAGGGUCAAAUUGGAAGUACUGGGCAAAAAGGGCAAGAUGGACAGAAAGGAGAUCAAGGUGAUCAAGGUCAAGUUGGAGCUACAGGAACACAAGGUGUUGAAGGCGUUACUGGAAAUACAGGCCCUAAGGGAGAGGAUGGUAAUACAGGAGUUCAAGGCUUAGAAGGACAGACCGGAAGUGUUGGGGCCACUGGUCAGGUAGGAGCUACUGGUAUACAGGGAGUAACUGGACAGGUUGGUAGUACUGGCAGCAAAGGACAGGAAGGCAGCAAGGGUGCAACAGGCGCUGUUGGCAAUACUGGUGUACAGGGAGACAAAGGCAAUGUUGGUGAUACUGGAUUGCAAGGUGAGAAAGGUCAGACUGGAAAUACUGGCUCUACUGGUAUUCAGGGUAUGACAGGAGUUGUAGGGGACACAGGAGCACAGGGAAAUGUUGGAGCUACAGGAAUUCAAGGUACAACAGGAUUGAAAGGUUCCAAAGGAGAUGUUGGAUUAGUUGGAAGUACAGGUGUUCAAGGCAUUCAGGGUGAUACAGGACUUCAAGGGAUUACCGGGUCAGUUGGUGCCACAGGACUGAAGGGUCAGUUUGGUAAUACAGGGGAGAAGGGACAGAUUGGAGACACGGGAGUAAAAGGUUCCCAAGGCAUUACAGGAGAUUCUGGUCAGAAAGGAGAUGUUGGAUCAACAGGGCUUCAAGGAUCAACAGGAGCAGUUGGUAGCACUGGUGUUCAGGGAAAUGUAGGGAAUACCGGACCAAAAGGAGAUGAAGGCAACACUGGAGCCAAAGGAGAGCAAGGCAUUGUUGGAGACACUGGUGUUGUAGGGUCAACUGGUAGCACAGGUCCAAAGGGUGAACAGGGACAAGUAGGCAAUACUGGCAUACAGGGUGUAAAAGGGGAAGACGGCAAUACUGGACCUAAAGGUGAACAGGGAGUGGUAGGAAACACAGGAAAUGUUGGAGCGACUGGUAUUCAAGGUGUCACUGGUGUGGUUGGAGAUACUGGUCCGAAAGGUACUCAAGGCAUUACGGGAAGUACAGGAGCUAAAGGAGAUGUGGGUGCAACUGGACUUGUUGGCGAUACUGGUAUCCAGGGAAUCGCUGGUGAUGUAGGCAACACAGGACCUAAAGGUAGCAUAGGAGACACCGGUGUAAAGGGAGAACAGGGAAUUCAAGGACAAAAUGGAGAUACUGGAACUAAAGGCCAAACUGGAAACACUGGUGCUACAGGCAUUCAAGGAGUUGAUGGUAAUACUGGAGCUAAAGGACAAACUGGCAAUACUGGUUUAAAAGGUGAAACUGGAGCUGUUGGAAGUACUGGCAUACAGGGACCAGCAGGAAAUACAGGUGUUGCCGGUGUUUCUGGCAAUAAAGGUGCAACAGGAAAUACAGGACCAGUGGGGGCCACAGGAUCUAAAGGGGAUAAUGGACAGCAAGGAGAUACUGGUGAAAAGGGAACUAAAGGAGAUGUUGGCCUUACCGGAGAUGUAGGAUCCACAGGUCAGAAAGGUCAAACUGGAAAUACAGGCAUACAAGGUUUGACGGGUUUAGUUGGAAGCACAGGACAAAAGGGACAGGAAGGAGAUGUUGGAAGUACUGGCCCUAAAGGUACAGAUGGCAACACUGGUGCAAAGGGUGAUCAAGGAGAUGCGGGAGCUACUGGUCAACAAGGAAUAACUGGAGAUGUUGGCAAUACUGGACAAAAAGGACAAACUGGAGUCGCAGGAUCAAAAGGAGACCUUGGCAACACUGGGGCAACUGGACUUAAAGGAAGUGAUGGCAGCAAAGGUGACCAAGGACAAACUGGUAACACUGGAAUUCAAGGAGUAUCUGGUGUUGCUGGUGAUACUGGCGUCGAGGGUCAAACUGGUAAUGUUGGAGCCACUGGACAGAAGGGCGAGGGAGGUGAAAAAGGUUCCCAGGGACAGUUUGGCGAGACUGGUAUCCAAGGUAACAAGGGAGAAAUGGGAAUAACUGGACCAAAAGGACAAACUGGGAUGACUGGUGUGCAGGGUCCAAUUGGAGAUAGUGGUAUUAAAGGACAGACUGGCAGUAUUGGUGCCACAGGAGAAAAAGGACAGACUGGCAAUACAGGAGUUGUAGGUGCUACAGGAAAUGUUGGCAGUACAGGGCCAAAAGGUCAGACUGGAAACACAGGUUCAAAAGGUGAUACAGGUAGUGUUGGAAAUACAGGUGUACAAGGACCCACUGGUAAUACAGGUGAUAAAGGUGACAUUGGGGCUGUUGGAGACACUGGUGUGAAAGGACAGAUUGGCAAUACUGGACCCAAGGGAUCAGUCGGUGACACGGGUAUACAGGGUAUGACAGGAGCUCAAGGAUUAACUGGAAGUGUUGGUAACACUGGAGCAAAGGGCGAUAUUGGUAACACAGGACCAAAAGGAUCAAAAGGUGAAGUGGGAAGCACAGGAGUACAAGGUCAAACGGGAAUUCAAGGACAAACUGGCAAUGUAGGAGCAACUGGACCAAAAGGUAUUCAAGGAGUUGUUGGUGACACAGGUGUGAAAGGUGACCAAGGAAAUGUGGGAAACACUGGAGCCAAAGGAGACACUGGUAAUACUGGGGCGCAAGGAAAUAUUGGUUCUACUGGAUCUAAAGGAGAUAAAGGAGACCAGGGAAUACAAGGGCAAACAGGUUUAGUUGGUAUUACUGGUGACGUGGGUCAAACUGGAGACACUGGCGUCAAAGGAGAACAAGGUGACACUGGUAAUACAGGCAUUCAGGGACAGACUGGUCAGAAAGGAGACCAGGGACAGGAGGGAAAUGUUGGUGAUACUGGCUCCAAAGGUGACCAAGGAGACAAAGGACAAAUGGGUUCAACAGGUAGCAUAGGGAGCACAGGUUCAAAGGGACAAAUGGGUAAUACAGGAGUUCAGGGAAAUAAAGGAAAUAUUGGGCAGACUGGACCUCAAGGAACAGCUGGAAACACUGGACAGAAAGGAGACACUGGUAACGUAGGGGCUACAGGAGUAGUUGGUGUCACUGGCAACACUGGACAAGUGGGAAGCACUGGUGUGCAAGGAAGUGUUGGAAACACUGGACCAAAAGGUGACCAAGGAGUGGAAGGAGACACUGGCGUUAAAGGAGAAAAGGGUCAGAUUGGCGAUACUGGAGUGAAAGGAAAUGUUGGAGAUACAGGAACAAUGGGAAUCCAGGGAGUGUCGGGAACUACUGGUAUGACCGGACAGGUUGGUAAUACUGGAGUAAAGGGAGACCUUGGUCCGGUAGGAUCCACUGGUCAAAAUGGUGAAACUGGACUUACAGGACUUCAAGGAUCAACAGGAAACACCGGAGAAAAAGGAGGAAAGGGUGAAAUUGGAUUGUCUGGUGUAACUGGUAAUGUAGGAAACACAGGAGAAAAGGGCCAAAUAGGAAACACUGGUGCAAUUGGUGCUACUGGACAGGUUGGAAACACAGGUGCUGUAGGAGCAACCGGUAAUGUUGGAAACACUGGACCAAAAGGAAGUGAUGGAAACACUGGACCAAAAGGUGAUACAGGUGCUGUUGGGGCAACAGGUGUUAUUGGCAAUACAGGUGUUGCAGGUCAAACGGGUGCAGUUGGGAACACCGGUGCUAAGGGAAAUGUUGGCGAUACAGGACCCAAAGGACAAACUGGACAAGUUGGUGACACUGGCAUACAAGGAGAAAAAGGUACCAAAGGAGAUGCAGGUCCUGUUGGUGCUACAGGAUCUAAGGGCGACAUUGGCAAUACUGGAUCCACUGGUCUACAAGGAACAACUGGAUUAACUGGUGCUAAAGGAGACAAUGGCCAAAAAGGUGAUACAGGUCAAACUGGAAACACUGGUUCAAAGGGAGAUCAAGGAGAUCAAGGGCUUACAGGAAUUCAAGGACUUACAGGAGAUAUUGGAGACACAGGUCCUAAAGGUCAGACAGGAAAUACAGGAGUUUCUGGUGAUAAAGGAGAAAAAGGCAGUAUAGGUUUAACAGGAGAUGUUGGGAGUACUGGUUUGAAAGGAGACAUUGGUAUUACUGGUUCAAAAGGAGAUGAAGGCUCUACUGGAGAUGUUGGUGCUACAGGACCCAAAGGAAAUGAUGGAAACACUGGUCCCAAAGGAGCUACUGGUAAUACUGGUAAUGUUGGUGCAACUGGAAUUGUAGGAAGUACUGGUAACAAAGGAGAAAUUGGAGAUACAGGUAUACAAGGCGUGACUGGAGAUAUUGGAGCUACAGGACCUCAAGGAAGUAUUGGCAACACUGGAUCAACAGGACCAAAAGGUGAUCUGGGAAAUACUGGAUCAACUGGACAAAAGGGUAGCAAGGGCGAGGACGGCCAGAAAGGAAAUAUAGGGAACACCGGACCAAAGGGAGAAACGGGUGCCACUGGUAAUGUUGGCUCAACAGGUCUUAAAGGAGAUCAAGGUGUCCAAGGACUCAGCGGAGUAUCUGGUUCAAAAGGUGAAACGGGGGCUGAAGGGGCAACAGGUCCAAAAGGAAACCAAGGCGUCACAGGAAUUCAAGGAAUUGCUGGUAAUACUGGUGCAAUUGGCAACACUGGAGCAAAGGGCGACCAAGGAAAUGUAGGAGACACAGGAAUACAGGGACAGAAGGGAGAUGAUGGGGAUAUUGGUGCCUCGGGAUUGACUGGUGCCAUUGGAGCUACUGGAAGUAUUGGUGAUACCGGACCACAAGGUGUCAGUGGUGUUACGGGCUUAGUUGGUGACACUGGACCAAAAGGUGAUAAAGGUGAUGUGGGAGACACUGGUAUGACUGGCUUAGUUGGGGCAACUGGACCUAAAGGCGACAAAGGAGACAUAGGAGAUACGGGACCAAUAGGUCACACUGGCCCUGAACCAUCGGUUGUAAACAGCUGCUUGACUGGUAAUGGAGGAUGCCAGCAUAAUUGUCACAAUAUGUUUGGAGCCUAUCAUUGUAGCUGUAAUGAUGGAUAUACUUUAAAUGCCGACGGCCACAAUUGUGACGACAUCGAUGAAUGCGCUGAAUAUGGACCAUGUCCUCAAGUCUGCAGCAACAAUGAUGGUGGUUAUACCUGUAGUUGUCGCACUGGAUUUAACCUGCACAGCGACCAAAGAACCUGCAUCGAUAUUGAUGAGUGCUUAAAUACUACAGUCUGCACGGACAAUUGGUCGCAAUGCGUCAACAACUUGGGAUCUUACAUCUGCAUCUCCAUCUCCAUCCGGCUGAGGUCCUUUUUCUCCAGUGAGGUUGUGUCUUGUGAAAACAAUAAUGGUGGCUGCUCACAAAUUUGUACGGAAGUCAGUGGUGGGUACGAGUGUUCCUGUCAUGAAGGAUACGAACUGGACGAUUCGGGCCAUGGCUGUUUGGACAUCAAUGAGUGCAAGAACUGGCCAUGUCAACAGAUAUGCAACAACAAUGAAGGCAGCUACACAUGUAGCUGUGAUGACGGUUUCCAACUUGGUGAGGAUGGACAAACCUGUACAGUGAGGAACUCUUGUUCAGAUGGAAGCAAUGGAGGUUGUGAUCAAAUCUGCCACCAGCUGUAUGGCUCUCGUUUAUGCGACUGUGGACAGGGAUACAAGUUAUCAUCGAAUGGUGUCACAUGCGAAGAUAUUAACGAGUGUACCAUUUAUGGACCAUGCUGCCAAGCCUGUAACAACACUGUAGGAGGAUUUCAUUGUAGCUGCUAUGAAGGAUACAGAGAAAAUGGCACAAACAUUUGUAUAGAUAUUAAUGAAUGUGAAGAAAAUGAUCAGCUAUGUGAUCCGAACUCUGCAUGCCUCAACUGUCCAGGAUCUUACAGCUGCGUUUCCCUCAUUGUUGUUGCUGAGGAUGACCCACAUUCGGAUUCAGAAUUUCUAGACGACCAAGUAGUGGGAAGUUCCGAUACAACACCUGCAUCUAAAGAAUCUGGUCCCACUAAGGAAGAGUCCAUAUCUGCCAGUACCCAGCUGAUUGUGAUAAUCUGCGUGAUGGGUGGUGUUGUAUUGCUCCUAAUUGUUGCUGCUGCGGCUGGCUUUAUGAUGUUGUUUAAACACAUGGAUAGAAGGAAGGACAUGAAAGAUCCAGGAUCCCAUUAUAACAGGCCCCGAUCUGGUGAUGUUGAGUCUCUACCUAGAGGGGGAUCUUGUGUUGGAGAACAGAGGAGCUACACUUUCAACCCGUGAUUUCAUAGUGCUAUUUUAAGAACUUGAUGCUCGAGAUUUGGACUACUUACGAACUUCAGCUCAUAGAGAAGUGCUAAUGUGUAUUUUUAGAACUAGAAACACUAGUUCUAGUGAAAUCGCUUUUUGCUUUUGCCUUUAAGAUUUUCAGACUUUGUCGUCGCAAUACUACAAAGGAAUUUCACA